AUGAAGAAAAUAACACCUACUGAAGAAACUAAAGGAGUUACAUAUUCUAUGAAAGAGCUUAAACGGUCUUCAAAAACAUUUGAAGCAAUUCAACAAGCAUUAAUAUUAUCUAUUUUAAAUAUAAAUGGAUAUGGAUUUAAAAUAAAAAAACCAGAAAGAAGAUCUCAAAAAACUUUACAACUGAUGUUAGUUGAAGAAAUAUAUGAAAAAGAUUCUAUUAUUUUAUUAGAAGAAAAUAUUAAUGCCACUUGUAAUGAAAUUGUCAAAAAAGAAUUAGAAGAAAAUGGAUGUAUUGAAUUAGAACCAAGUGAUAUUGAUGGAACAUCUUCAAUUGCACAAUUAGCUUCAAAAUAUGAUUCAGAGAAAUUAAAACAAAUAAAACGACAUAAAAAUGCCAAUAAGAUAGCAUUAACAUUUAAAGAAUUAUUACAAAUGAGUGAGAAAUUAGGAUAUAAAUUUAAAUAUAGAACAACAAAACCUGCAAAAAUGACAAAAAAAUUAGAAAAGAUUUCUUCAGUUUAUGGAAAAGUUAAUUUAACAUUAAGUGAUAUUAAUGAAAUUGGAACAAAAGUAAAUGAAAGUAUUUAUAAAAGAUUUAAUAAAGAAAGUUUUUCUAUAAUUAUUCCUCCACACGAUUUUAUUAUUGAAAAAAUUUGUAAUAAAGUUAUUGAAAGUAAUAAAAAAAAUGGUCAUCAAAUAGAGACUAAUACUAGUAAAUUCAAAGAAAUAACAAAUAAAGAUAAAAUUGAUAAAAUUUGUAUAACAACAACUUCAUUAGAAAAAGAAAAUACUCAAAAUAAUUUAUUCUCUUCUAUACAAGAUAAAAAUGCAUUUAAUUUAAAACAAAAUCAUUUCAUUAAUAAUACAAAAAUUAUUCAAAAUACUUUAAUAGCAGUUAAACCAAAAAUAAUGGAAAAUAUUGAUAUUAAACUUACUUCUGAUACUUUAGAUCAUACCUCUAAGGAAGAUAAAUUUAUUAGUCCUGAACCUUCUUUAACAACACCUUCAAAUUUUACUGAUUUUAGUACUUCAUUCUGUUAUGAAGAAAGUGUUAUUUCUGGAAUACAAUCAGAUACAUCUUUUUACACUUAUGAAAAUACGUUCGAUCAUAAUUAUCUUCAACAACUCUCAAUACAACCUAAAUUAUUCUUUUGUAAUCAACAACCAAAUUCUUCUUCUCAUGAAGAAAUUUCUAUUUAUCCUACUGUCACUUCUCUUCCUAUUAAUAAAUCAUCAAACGAAAUAAUUACUCAACACUUUAAUGAACCUUCAAUUUAUUUUACUACUAAUCAAAAUAAAACAAAUGACAUUUCUUAUCUAGAUCACUUUUUUACUCAAUCACUUCCUUCAAAUACUUGUUGCGAUUAG